GAGUGAGCAUUCGGCUUUGAGUCACCAUGUUUGAAAGUGCUCUGGGCACAUGGCUGCUGGCCAUACUGCUGGCCACUGUGGAGUGGGCCGGGGGAGAGGAAACAGCAACCAAGACCAGUGCUCCCUGUGUGGACCGAGUUCAAUGGACCAACCUAGUGAAAAACCUUGGCGAAGGCAUUGAGACAUCGCAUGAUCAGAAUAUUCUGGUGAGGAUGUCAGUCUUUGUUAAAAUCAAAGAGGAACCCGCAUACGGCUGCGUCCUGCAGAAGAUCUUUGAAUUCUACGAUCAUGUGUUACAAAGGUCAGGAGAAAACUACACGGAUGUGAGGCAUUUUGCCCGCCGCCUGAAGAAAUGCCUGCUGUCGGUUCCCUGUCCGAAGGUUUGCAGACGACUGUACAAAAAAGCAAAAUCAACACCAAUGAAUGAGACCAGCGAAAGCGAGUCCCUUGAGCCAAAAAAAGUGGCCAUUCUUCAGAUUCAAAAGCUUCAGCAGGCACGGGAACAGCUGGAUGACGUGAAGACUCUGGAGAAGGCCAUCGUAGAGCUGAAAGAUCUGGAUUUCUACCUGCCGGAGUCAAAGGAGGAAGAGGCAACCGGCACAAAAUGCCUAAAGAAACAGAACAGGAAAAGCAAGCCUAAAAAGCAAGCAAGCCUAAAAAGGCAAAGGUGCAGCUAAAAAUCAAUGAGGAAGGAGAAAAAUUUCUUAUCUGCAAAUGUUCUUAGUAACAAGUACAUACUACUCAGUACAUACUUACAGGACAGACAUUCCUCCAUUUGGCCUCAAAUAACAUCAAAAUGUACGGUUUCAGAUUUCAGCCUGAUGGGGGUAACAUUUAUAUAAAUGCUCCAAUCAUGUUAUUGGCAGUUGCCCUUCUGAAUGUAAGUAAAGUUGUGUGGUAUAUGCCAUGCUUAUACUAAUAUGUAAUAUGAAAAAUAUGUAAAUAGAAUCUAAAAGAGAAA